UUUAUUCUUCACUUAGCUUUCUGAGUGUAUUAUUAAUGUUGAAGGAAAAAAUAUCCCUUCAAAAUUUUCUCCCUCCAACAAAACCAUCGUACCAAUACUUCUUCUUCUUUCUCUUUUCUUCUUCUUGUUGUUGUCGUUUUUCCUUUAUUCUCUGAAACUCUCUUUCAAAACAGAAACAACAGAUUAAGGUAGUGGUCCUGAUCCUGGUACAAGACACGACCAAGAUGCGGUUUGUGAUGUCUUCAAGCUCCAAACAUGUCUCCAUCUUCUUCACUUUUUGCUUUCUGGCUUUGGAUCACUUCCAACACUCUGGAUCUAAUGCUCAACUCAUACCAAAAGAUGAAGUUAAAAUACUACAAACAAUAUCAGACAAGGUAAAGAACUUGAAUUGGAGAGUUACACAAAGUUCCUGCCAAGGGGGUAGAGGGUUUGAUAACAGGAAGAUUUCAAGGGAUGAGGAUCAAAUCAUAAGGAAUGUAACAUGCAAUUGUUUUUUCAACAAUGGCACUGUUUGCCACGUGACAUCCGUUGCACUCAAGGGUAUCAAUUUAUCUGGACCUUUACCCGAUGAAUUUGGAAAUCUAACUCGACUGAAAAUACUUGAUCUCACUCGGAAUUAUUUCAAUGGCUCGAUUCCAAAAAGCCUUGGACGCCUCUCAUCAGUUGAAAUUCUGUCACUUCUGGGAAAUCGCUUUACUGGUUCAAUUCCUUCAGAAAUUAGUGAAAUGACUAGUCUGCAAGAACUGAACUUGGAAGAUAAUCAACUUGAAGGACAUCUUCCCCCGAGCCUUGGAAAAAUGAGCAACUUACAGAAAUUACUUCUCUCUGCAAAUAAUUUCACAGGGACAAUACCAGAAGCAUAUGGAAAACUCAAGAAUCUCACUCAGUUUAGGAUAGAUGGGAGCACUUUGUCCGGGAAGAUACCCAGUUUUAUAGGGAACUGGACUAAACUUGAUAGAUUGGAUUUGCAGGGCACAUCCUUGGAAGGUCCAAUUCCUUCUGUCAUAUCUGAAUUGAUCUAUUUGACAGAAUUGAGAAUAUCUGAUUUGAAGGGACCAACCAUGACAUUUCCUAAUCUGACGAAUUUGAAUCUAUUGCAAAGACUAGAAUUGAGAAAUUGCUUAAUCACUGGUCAAAUUCCUAGUUACAUUGGAGAAAAGCAAAGUUUAAAAACUCUAGAUCUGAGCUCCAACAUGCUGACUGGUCCAAUCCCAGAUUCAUUUCAGGACCUGGAAAAAAUAAAUUACUUGUUCCUGACUAACAAUUCUCUAAGUGGACGAAUUCCUGAUUGGAUACAAACCUUCAAACAGAAGAUUGAUUUAUCAUUGAACAAUUUUAGUGAGAGUUUUUCACAUUUUUGCCAGGUCUUGGAUGUGAACUUAGCUUCCAGCCUCUCUCCCUCAGCAAACACUUCAUCGUCUUGUUUAAAGAGAGGCCAACCUUGUCCUGGGAAACCCCGGUUUCAUUCACUGUUCAUAAACUGUGGAGGACCUGAAAUAGAAUUUGAGGGCAAUGAAUAUGAAGCCGACCUCAAUCUACGAGGCAUAUCAAACUAUGUUGUUAGUGAUGAUGGCAAAUGGGCAUAUAGCAGCACUGGAGUAUAUCUAGGAAGGGAUAAGGCUGAUUAUGUUGCAAACAAUCAGUUUCAUCUGAAAAUUAAUGGCUCUGAAUACUACCAUACAGCCCGCAUGGCCCCACUAUAUCUUCAUUAUUAUGGUCUUUGUAUGCUGAAUGGAAAUUAUAAAGUGAAACUUCAUUUUGCUGAGAUAACAUUCUCUGAUGACAAUGCAUUUACCAGCCUUGGAAAGCGUGUAUUUGAUGUUUCAAUCCAAGGUUUUAAAUAUUUGAAAGAUUUUAACAUUGUGGAAGAAGCUGGUGGAGUUGGUAAGGGAAUCACUAAGGAGUUUAAUGUGAAUGUUACCCACAACACCUUGGAAAUCCACUUAUCCUGGGCAGGGAAAGGAACUAAUGCUAUUCCUGAAAGAGGUAUAUAUGGACCUCUUAUAUCUGCUAUCACUGUGACCCCAAACUUUAAAGUUCCUUCACAUGGGCUGUCCACUGGAGCAAUUGCUGGAAUUGUGGUUGGGAUAUGUGUGUUCAUCAUAUUGAUACUCCUUGCACUUUGGAAGAUGGGUUUUCUAUGUGGGAAAGAUGAAACAGACCAAGAACUUGUAGGUUUGAAGACAGGUUAUUUCAGUUUAAGACAGAUUAAAGCUGCUACUGAUAACUUUGAUCCUGCAAAUAAGAUAGGUGAAGGAGGCUUUGGACCAGUAUACAAGGGUGUGUUGUCAGACGGUGCUGUGAUUGCUGUUAAGCAGCUUUCCUCUAAAUCAAAGCAAGGGAAUCGCGAAUUCAUCAAUGAAAUAGGCAUGAUAUCUGCUUUGCAGCAUCCAAAUCUUGUGAAACUUUAUGGCUGUUGCAUUGAAGGAAACCAGUUGCUUCUAGUAUAUGAAUACAUGGAGAACAAUAGUCUUGCUCGUGCACUUUUUGGUAAAGAGCAUGAGAGGAUGCAAUUGGACUGGCCCAGAAGAAUGAAGAUUUGUGUGGGGAUUGCAAAGGGAUUAGCUUAUCUCCAUGAGGAGUCAAGGUUGAAAAUAGUACACAGGGAUAUUAAAGCAACCAAUGUCUUACUUGAUAAGCAUCUGAAUGCCAAGAUCUCUGACUUUGGUUUAGCCAAACUUGAUGAAGAAGAGAAUACCCAUAUCAGUACAAGAAUAGCUGGGACAAUUGGUUACAUGGCUCCAGAGUAUGCUAUGCGGGGUUAUUUGACUGACAAAGCAGAUGUCUAUAGCUUUGGUAUUGUAGCAUUAGAGAUUGUUAGUGGAAAGAGCAACACAAAUUACAGGCCAAAGGAGGAGUUUGUGUAUCUUUUGGAUUGGGCCUAUGUUCUCCAAGAGCAAGGAAAUCUUCUGGAUUUGGUGGAUCCAAGUCUUGGUUCAAAGUACUCCUCCGAAGAGGCCAUGAGAAUGCUACAGUUAGCACUCUUGUGUACCAAUCCUUCUCCCACUCUUAGACCACCUAUGUCAUCGGUAGUGAGCAUGCUUGAGGGAAAAACUCCAAUUCAAGCACCACCAAUAAUCAAAGGCAGUGACAAUGCACAAGAUGCAAGGUUUAAAGCCCUUGAGUUCUUAUCACAAGACAGCCAAACUCAUGUUUCUUCUGCUUUCUCACAAGAUAGUAUAGAGCAAAGAAGCAAGUCAAUGGGGGGACCAUGGGUUGAUUCCACCAUAUCUGUAGCAAGUAGAACCGAUCAUUCUUCUGAUAAACUUAUCACAAGUCCAAAUGACGAGUGCUUCGAAGUUGGGGCAGUCAACUCACCAAAUUCAAAUUCUUUUGUAAAGGAUAUGAACAAAAACUAGUUAGGCUGAUAACAUACAUACAAAACUAUGGUGAAGUCAAACAUCCGGUUUCAAAGUGUAUAGAAAAUUUUUCUUUGUUCCUUACUAAAGGUUUUUCCUACCUUUGUCUAA